UGCCUUCAGCAACAGACGACUCCUCCAGGCUAAAUAAAUAAAUAAAACCACAGGUUUUGGUGACAGGCACCAUGCGCAAUGACUAACUCCGUGGUCGGAUCCGAACGCCGCACAGAAAUUUAGUCCGCAUCAUUCCCUGACAGCUCCCUGAGAGAGAAAGAGAGGCGAGAGAGGCAGGGCUGGAUUCUCAGACUGCAACAGAGCAGCAUGACAGACACAGUGAUGAGCAGCAGCUCGGAUCGCUGGGUAUCCAAUGACAGACAGAGGAGCAUGCAUGCUAGUGAUAAAGAACAGGGCAACUGGACCAUGCAGCCAGGGCCAGGUCCUGGUCCAGACCUCACCGAUGAAGAGAAGGAGAUUAUAAACAGUGUGAUCGCCCGGGCUGAGAAAAUGGAGGCCAUGGAGCAGGAGAGAAUUGGGCGUUUGAUAAACCGCCUGGAUGACAUGAAAAAGACUGUGUGUGGGGAUGGAGUGUCCCGCUGUUUGCUGUGUGGAGAGCAGCUGGGCUCACCUGGGGUCAGCUCAGUGGUAUGUGAGGACUGCAAAAAGAACAUGUGUACCAAGUGUGGCACACAGUGUGGCAGUCGGCCACGCGCUGUGUGGCUGUGCAAGAUCUGCAGAGAGCAGCGAGAGGUGUGGAAGAGAUCUGGUGCGUGGUUCUUCAAAGGUUUCCCCAAGCAUUUCCUGCCAUCGCCUAUGCCAUUAUCUAAAUCAAAAGAGACUGGUGCUCAGGAGGCAGCAGAGCCCCAGAGGCCAAAACCCUCUGAGGCCAGGGAGACAGUAACCCAACAACAAGCACCAGGACCUGAGCCACAGGGCCGUCCUGGUUACCCACCUGUGGCCCCUAAACCAGUUAUGCGCAUGGCCACAGGGGGGGCUGGCCCUGAAGAGGCAGGGCAGGGCAGCCCAGUGGUGAUGAAGAAGAUGGUGCCUGUCCAGAGCUCCAGACCACAGCCUGCUGCAUCCACCAACAUGACCCAGCAGGGUUCAGUGAUUGGAGAUGGAGGUGCUUACUCUUCUGGUGCAGUUCCUCCAGAGCAGAGAGCGCCUCCUGCAGUAAGAGAGGACAGGAGGCAGCCGACUGCCUACAGUGCUCCUCCUGCUCGACAGCAACCUCCCCCAGCUGAGGAGGAGGAGGAAGCCAAUGACUAUGACUCUGAUGAAGCCACUACUCUGGGCUCUCUAGAAUUCAGUCUUCUCUAUGAACAGGAAAGCAGCAGCCUCCACUGUGGCAUCCUCAAAGCAAAGGGACUGAAACCCAUGGACUCAAAUGGACUGGCAGAUCCUUAUGUCAAGCUUCAUCUGCUGCCAGGGGCUAGUAAGUCUAACAAGUUGCGCACAAAGACGCUGAGAAACACCCGCAACCCUGUGUGGAAUGAGACGCUCACCUACCACGGCCUGACAGAUGAGGACAUGCAGCGUAAGACCCUCAGGGUCUCUGUCUGUGAUGAAGAUAAGUUUGGGCAUAAUGAGUUUAUCGGGGAAACCCGUGUGGCACUGAAGAAACUGAAGAUGAAUCAGAAGAAAAACUUCAACGUGUGUUUAGAGAGAGUUGUUCCUACGAAGAGAACUGCAACAGUUGGAGCAGCCAGAGGGAUCGCUCUCUAUGAAGAUGAGCCUGGGAAAGAUGGUACAGAGGUAGAAGAGCGCGGUCGGAUUUUGAUAUCCCUCCUGUACAGCUCCCAGCAGAACCGUCUCAUUGUAGGCGUCGUGCGCUGCGUCCAUCUGGCGGCCAUGGACGCUAAUGGCUACUCCGACCCUUAUGUCAAAAUAUGUCUGAAACCUGACAUGGGGAAGAAGGGCAAGUGCAAAACACAAAUUAAGAAGAGGACUUUAAACCCAGAAUUUAACGAGGAAUUCGGCUUCGACAUCAAGCAUAGUGAACUGGCCAAGAAGACACUAGAUAUCUCCGUGUGGGAUUAUGAUAUUGGGAAGUCCAAUGACUACAUAGGUGGGUGUCAGUUGGGUAUUACUGCCAAGGGAGAGAGGCUGAAGCACUGGUAUGAGUGUUUGAAGAACAAAGACAAGAAGAUCGAGCGCUGGCACACUUUGUACAAUGAGAAUCACGUCGCUAGUGAUUAACCACUUGCCUCACUGCACCAUACAGCAUGUACGCAUAUUGCCCCUCCUAGUUGGCUUGCAUUUAUCUCCUGAACAACUUAUGUUUUUUUUUUAACCAUCUUGUUUAUUAUUUAAUCUUUAUUCACUGCUCCCAGUUGUCCUCUCCCCUGAUUUACUAUACUCUUCUGUCCUUUUUCCUUCUAAACAAUUUCUCUGCCUGCAUUGAUGCUUAAUCUGCCUCUGGCACAAAUCGUGGCAUAAAUGAAUUAGAGAUUUCAUUAAUGUAGCCAAGACAUCUGUCAGCAAACAGCUGCACAAAGGCCAUCUUGCCCGUCAGCGAUAUUACACAUUGUGCUGAACUUGACACGUUCUUUGCAAAGGAAAAAUAAUGUUUGACUUGCACAGAACAUGAAAAGCAAUAUGCUUCUGAGGUCAGAACCUUUGUUCAAGCUUAAAAAAAGGCUCGCUCGAGCGCACGCCUAAAAUUCAUGUAAAGGUAUUAUUUUUACUUUCUCAUGUGAUGACAUCAUUCUAUAGUGUAAUACUUGAACUGUAUAAGCAUGCCACGCCACACACAAGACAACAUGCAGCUGCACCUUCAAAUACUUUAACUUUCUCAACAUAUUGUAUAUUUCCAUGAAGAAAUGUUUACAUACUGAUACAUUGCUCAGGUUAGCAUAGACGUCUGAUACUACAGAUGAUUCAUAAGUCAGUGGACCGUGAGCUAGAUCAAUCUUUAAUCAGUUGCUGUUAAUUUGUGAUUUAAAGAUAGAGCACACUUAGUUUAACAGGAGUUUUUUUUUUUCUUCCUGUAUGGUUAUUUAAACUGUGAACUCUGAGUUUGUGAGAAGUAUUAACUGUGCAUUUAGAGAAGCUGAAAAAUGAACUGCAAUGUUCAUUUUCCAGUUAAUUUCUUUGUUGCGGUAAGAACUGGCAGGAAAAAAAAAUGAAUCUCAUCCUGCUACCUCUAUUCCUCUGAAGCUUGUGGUUCACUCUGACACCUCAGAGGUUUUCUAUUGCAGUGUUUACAUCGAAUGCACACAGUCAGGUUUCUUACAGCUUUCCCUAACAAAUUUGGCUGCUCCGUUUAACAAGGAGAGACGGAUGGACAGGUUAUGUCAUUAGUAUGUGCAGCUUUACCUGCAUGCACUGUGCUUGUGACUCUUGCGUGCCUGGGGCAGUCAUGGCCUGCUUUUACCCCCAAUGCACCCUUUGCACAAAGCAGGGCCCCUUUCCCCUCUGCCCACACCCCAAUCAUUCAAGGCUUUAGUGUGUGUUUGUUCACUAAUCACAGCAAACCAAGGAAAGCACACCUUACAAAGUGGAUCGACCUCAAUUUAUACAGCUGUCCGCAAGUUAUUCCAAUGUCAUAACAAAGACUAAAACAAAAAGAUUCUAUGCAUGAAAUGUCUUGUGGUUCAAGAUAUAUAUAUAUAUAUAAACUUUGUAAGAAAUAAAUGCUAUUGUAAUUCCAUUAAUGUUUACACUUCCCCACAACAUUCCUAUUAAUACUUUAUAUACAAGAGGCCACAUUCUGCAUGACUAUAAUGACUAUGGUGUAAUCUGAGUAAACUGGUUUGUUAGCAUCCAUGGGAUAGACUAAUAAUCAGCUGAGCACAUCAGAAUAUGACCCUGUCCAACUCUAUCAGUAGCAGACUAUGACAUUAAUCUUAUACUUUGAAUGAGAGGUCCUGUACAUAAACUCUUUCAGUGUCUUGUUUUCUCUGUAAAACCACUCUGCCCCCUUGUGGCAGCUAUACAGACACCCUCCAGUCCUACAUUGUGCUAUUUCAGCUACAGUGAUCAUCAGAUGACAUCAACUUUUGCUGUUUUAAAAAGCAAAACAAACAAACAAAAAACAAAACAGGCUUUCUCCUGAGCUAAACCCAUACCUGUCUUCUACUUAAUUCAGCCAG